AUGGCCACCACCAGGUCGGCGAGCAAGGGCUCGCAAGUAGAUACCCCCGAGAAGCACGCGACCGCCAGCGGACACGUUGAGAAGCCAAAGAAAGCCACCAAAGCCAAGAAGAAGCCAAGUGCCCCCAUGAAAGCUGAGGACCUGAUGUUCGAGGCCGAGCUUAUGAAGCAGGUUGGUCUUGGAGAGGGCCUCUUCUCGAAGCGCGCCAAUCCUCCCUGGAUUCAGUACACUGGUCCAUGUCUCAUGGGUCUGCCUGUCCACAUUCGCUACAAGAUCAUCAAUUACAUCUUGCCCAUCAACCAGCAGUAUCAACCACAGAACAGCGUGGUGCGUUCGAUCGAUUACCAGGGCUUUCAGGGCCCAUUCUUCCAUUGCACGUACAUCCAUCCCAUCCUGUGGACUUGUCGCCAGAUGCGCUACGAGUAUGGCCAGCUCUUCUUGACCAACAACCACUUCAUGUGGUUCGUGCCCCGCGACUGGGACUCGACCCAGAUCACCCGCUUCACGCAGCACGCGGCCUCGGUCGGCGCCCCCAACUUCGCGCUGUUCAUGGACCUGUCCACCCGACACGACGGGCCCGGCUACAAGUGCUACCCGCACGAGCCCCUGGCCGGGGGCUGCCGGGGCAACCUCGACCGCUGGAUGAAGGCGGUGUACUACGGCGUCGAGACCCGCGUCCUGGUCAACGAGUACCCGCUCCGCCGGGACGACGGCAUGCUUGCCCACUUCCUCCACCAGGCCCAGCAGUACCGGCAGCAGGGAAAGAGCUGGGACCAGCUUCUGGAGAGCCUCAAGGAGGCGUGGGAGGCCUUCAUGGAGCGGCGGGACCUGGCUGAGCUGAACCUGGGCAAGGGCGUCAGUGCCAUGACUGCCUUGUACAAGGCGAGCAACGAGAGGCUGGAGAAAGUCCGUGCUGUGUCUUUGGGCACGGGCAGGGUCUCUUGA